CGGUGGCACCCGACCUGGGAAAUAACUCACGAAUCCUACACUUUUGCGGAUAACACUGUUCAAGAUUCAAAAGGGCAACGAUCUUGUGUGAAACAUGAUUGGAAAUGUUAACAUUUUGCAGAAAUCUUGGUAGAUUGCGUUUGAUAGAAUCGAUAGGUGUUCAGACAACAGCGAGGAUUCUCCCCCUCCUCUGCCUCCUCUCGACACUGCCAAGUUUGUCCGUCCUGCUCUUUUCUCAGUCGGCUUCGUAGUUAGUAAGCUCUCUGGAGCUUUGUGUGCAUCACUUCAGGCCUUUAUUCUGCAUACUUAGAUCUGUCCAAGUAGUUCUGUGAGCUCACACACAAGCAGACUGCACUUGCCCACUUCUUCUAGGCUUUGUGAGCCUCAGAAGUGAUUACAGACAGUUUUGAGCAGGGUGGUGGAGGCUUCGACUCUGUAGGAGGAGUCCAGGAGGAGGGUGAGUGCGAGCAACGGGAUGAGGCGGGCGAGGGGGAAGUUCAAGGGGGGCAAUUCAGCCCUUCGCGUGAACGUCCCCAAGGAGAACGCCAUUUCUGAUUACGUAACUGCGAGUGGUACGUUUCAAGAUGGCGAUAUCAUGCUCAAUAAGGAAGGAAUCCGGGUUGUGUCCCAGACUCAGACAUCUACUCCGGCUGCGAAUGGAAACAUCUCUCUUUCAGACUUGGAGACUGUGAAAGUGCUGGGCAAAGGAAGCGGUGGUGUCGUACAGCUAGUUAGGCAUAAAUGGACUAACGAAACAUAUGCCCUCAAGGUGAUCCAUAUGAACAUCGAAGAAACCACACGGAAGCAGAUUGUGCAAGAGCUGAAAAUCAACCACGCAUCUCAAUGUCCCUAUGUUGUAAUCUGCUACCACGCAUUUUACAAUAAUGGUCUCAUAUCCAUUGUUCUGGAGUACAUGGACGGAGGUUCUCUCGCCGACAUUAUGAAGGAACUGGAGCCCAAGUGUAUCAAGGAACCAAAUUUGGGUGUUGUAUGCAAGCAAGUUUUGCUAGGGCUUAUGUACCUUCACCAAACUAGGCACAUUAUUCACAGAGAUAUCAAGCCCUCAAACCUCCUUGUAAACCACAAAGGCGAGGUUAAGAUCUCAGAUUUUGGCGUCAGCGCUGUGCUGGCCAAUUCAAUGGCUGUGAGAGACACUUUCGUGGGUACUUGCACUUACAUGUCGCCAGAGCGAGUUUUAGGCGGGACCUAUGGAUUCGACAGCGAUAUAUGGAGCUUAGGGUUGACGCUCUUGGAGUGUGCACUUGGUAAAUACCCUUAUCAGCCACCAGGAAGCGAGGAAGGGUGGAUGAACUUUUAUGAACUUCUUCAAACCAUUGUUGAUCAGCCUCCUCCUGUUGCUCCUGCGGACCAAUUCUCUCCAGAAUUUUGCUCUUUCAUUUCAGCUUGCUUGCAGAAGGAUCCAAAGUGCCGACCAACUGCAGCAGAAUUAUUGAAUCAUCCUUUCGUGAAUAAGUAUGACGAGGAGGAGUAUGGAUUGGCCAAGUUGCUACCCCCAUUAGUGCCUCUUGCCUAGAGUUGCCUAGAUUCUAUUUGCUAUGUAUUGAUUUAUUUAUUUAUUUUUGGCUAGAGAGCAGUGAAAUGAGGAAGUGGGUGAACAUGAUGCUGCAGACAUUGUAAUUUUUGUUUCAGCCUUUCUGUUGUAAAGAAUCGUGGAAAGUUCAAGUAGGCUCUAAA